AUGGACCGCCUUGCUGCUUGCUCUCUUAUAAUCUGGGUUGGUUCUUUCCCCGCCACGCUCGCUCUGCGACUAUCAUGGGCGACCUCCCCCGCAACACUGACCCUCCCCCUGCAUAUCACGACGGGCGAGCGGUUGAACGGCUUCCUCCGUACCGGGAGGCGCACCUGCGACGACACCACCCUUAUGGCCGGGAAGAGCCGUCGCUUCUGCAUAGAAUACGGCUUUCACAUUGGCCCUCGCGUCCCCAGCUUCCUGAAGAAGACUCCAGCGCUGGGAUACGAGCUCGAUUGGGAGACAGCAUCGCACAGGGACACACAGCCGAUAACCUUCUGGGAGAUACUGCGGGCGCGUCUAUCUCGUCUACGUCAAACUCUCAAAUUCCUCUUGAACCCCAGCACGACGUAA